GUUUCGAAACGGUGAAACUGUGAUCUCUGCUCCUUUAUAACUCCCCUCACUCUCCACUCUCCACCAAAAUAAUCAGACUUUGGGACUUCUUACCAUACCAACGAAAGUACUCAGGUUCGUGUUGAUAAUUCGAGAGUAGAGGAUGGGUCGUGGAGUUAGUGCUGGUGGUGGGCAGAGUUCUUUGGGCUACCUGUUUGGAGGUGGAGAGGCACCUAGCAAUCCACCAGCUGUUCAGAACCCGGAAAAGGUUCCCAAUAAUGCACCUGCUCCAAAGCCCGUUGCUGCACCCCCUGCGGAUAACACUAAGCAAGCUCCUGCAGGAAUCCUCAGCAGCAACGCAAACAACUAUGUUCGUGCAGAUGGUCAGAACUGUGGCAACUUUCUUACGGAAAGGCGCUCGACCAAGGUUCAAGCUGCACCUGGCGGUGGCUCUUCACUAGGUUAUCUAUUUGGUGGUGGAAGCAAUUGAUGCCCUCAAGCUGCGCUGCAGCUUUCCAGAAUAUAAAUGUCCUAAAUAUCUGAACUUAAGAGUAAAUUUGAUAUUGUUCAUUUGGAGUUGUAUUUGAUACAUUUUGUCAUUGCCUAAAAACUGUGAGAAGAUUAGAAAUGCUAUCCAAAAUGUAUUUGAUACAUUGUCAUUGAUGGAACAUGUUCCUUCUUGGCAUUCUAUGCAAAUCUGCUUGGAAUCUUUUGCAA